ACUAAUAAGCUGGCUCAUUGCGGCUCACUGGUUCAUUUUUAUUAAGGCUGAGAGUAUUUCUAGAAAUCUUCUAAGACGCUAUCAGGGAGACAUCAUUCUUUAAAAUAGAGAAAGAUUCUGAAUAUAUCAAAGGGAUUUAUUACAACUAUGGGGCAUCUGCAGGUCAAAGGGAUGUUUGUAGCAAUGGGCAUGGUGAUGCUGACUGGAUUUGGAUUGGCUAUUGGAUGUCUUAUACUACACAAAAGGAAAUAUGUCACCCUACUGGAUCCAAACAAGAAAUACAAAUUACGUCUUAUUUAUAAAUCAGUUAUAAACUACAAUACUCGAAGAAUGCGAUUUGCACUUCCAUCCAUUUUUCAUACCUUGGGACUUCCAUCUGGCAAACAUGUGUAUCUUUCAGCUAAAAUCAAUGGGAGUCUUGUAGUGAGGCCGUACACUCCAGUCUCUACUGAUGAUAAAAGAGGGUUUGUGGAUCUGGUGGUAAAGAUAUAUUACAGAGGUGAAAAUCCCACAUUCCCAGAAGGAGGCAAGAUGUCGCAAUACCUGGAUAAUCUUUCCAUAGGAGAUGUAAUUGAAUUCCAAGGUCCAAGAGGGCUUCUUGCAUAUAACGGAAAAGGUCAGUUUGAAAUUCAAACAAACAAGAAAUCUGCUGCUGAGAAGAAAUUUGCACGCCAGGUUGGAAUGAUUGCAGGAGGAACAGGUAUCACCCCCAUGGUGCAGCUGAUACAGACAAUACUUAAAGACCCUGAUGAUCUGACUGAAUGCUCCCUACUGUUUGCCAACAAGUCAGAGAAUGAUAUUAUUCUUCGCGAAGAACUCCAGGAGCUGGAGCGUAAACACUCUGGCCGCUUUAAAGUCUGGUUUGCUGUGGAAAAUGCUCCUGAAGGUUGGGAGUACAGUGAAGGUUUUAUUAACUGUGAGAUGAUUCAAGCACAUCUCCCACAACCAGCUGAUGAUGUCUUCAUUUUACUCUGUGGUCCUCCCACCAUGAUUCAACUGGCUUGUAAACCAAACCUCAGCUUACUAGGAUAUCAAGAAGACAACUGCUUUGUCUAUUAAUUAGAAUGUGAAACAUUCAUUUGACACCUAAGAUAAAAUUGUACAGAAAUGGUAUCCAUGUUCUCAGUGAAUAUUUAUAUUAUCUAUAUACCAUAUACAUAUA